AUGAGCAGCCUCCAUGAACAACAAGGUGAUUACGCGGCUGAGUCAGAGGCGCCAGUACAAUUCUCGCUGGCAUUUGAUAGCAUAGCAGGCGGUGUUUGGGAGCUGGACAACGAAGCUAACACGCACGAAAUAAUCCUAGUUCACGGCUUCGCUGUUCCAGGUAACACUGAACCCCAUGAGGACUGCAGAGAACGGACGUCCCAAGGAGGCCAUAGUCUCCACGAUGUUUCCGAGUAUACCCGAGCGCGGCACAUCCUCGAAGAAUGGAUUUGCGACUCUGCAGAAGUACUACAAGAGCGAGUCGUUGUGCGGCGUAUGGCCUUCAACACGGCCGAAGUCUUAGGGUACGGCAAAAAAGCAUUGUGCUCUGCUGCACAUUUCCUGUGUAAUUCACUGCUGAGCUUGACACUUGACAGUGGUUCGCCACUGUUUCAUGGUGCUCAACGAACCAUCGGGGAUCUAGAAGAGGAAUGCUUCUACUCCCACUCGGCUGGUGGCCUUCUCCCUGUCUUUCAAUCCCGCAAAGUCACGUUCAUAGCACAUGGUCUGGGUAUCUGGGUUGUCAAGCAGGCAUUGCUGUGGCUACAUUACCAUGGCACACCACCGCAUCCAGCAGCGAUGUUCUUCUUUGACAUUGCUUGGAUAAGUACACCUGACGUCAUUUUUGGCUAUUUGCAAGACACGGCUUCCAUAUUUGCGCUACCCUGGUCAUCAACUUUGCAAGGUCUGCUUUUGGAAGACGUCGAGCGCCACUUGUUUCGGAUUGAGCAGGAUUUCGGUACACUAAUCGCUGGUAUUUACGGGGAAUGCUCAGAAAUUCUACACGGGGAUGAGGAGAAGUUCGAGUAUCAUCUGAUCCAGUAUAAUCAUCAACUCUGGCAUAAUCCAUCGCUGCUGCAAAGUCACAAUGCAGAUAGCAUGGCUGCAAGUACCUCUAUCCUUACAGAUCUUGUGGCUGGUCAGAUACGCAGGCUCACUUCUCUUAAGCUUGAGAAGCAUCUUGAAGAAGCAGUCUCGCUUCGAUUGGUUACAUCUUCGCCUGACAGACUCGAAACACGAGGCGAUUGGUUAGUGGGAGGCACAGCAUUUGCGGCAUUGAAUGACGCCCCACCAACUGCGGAUGCCGCGGAGUACGAUGAUGUCUCUGUUGCUUCUUCUGAAUCUCAAUAUAGUUCAAACGAAGUCGAUUACUCAGUUCGGCUUCCGACGUGGGAUGUUCCGUGCAGGCGUGCUCCCGACGGGCCCAAGCAAGGCAAUCUGUAUUCCGAAGAAUGGGGCGUAGACUCUUGGUAUCAUACACGCGAUUAUAACGUCUAA